CCUCCAAUUCUAGUUUUAUUUUUACUUUUGUGUAUGGAGUGCAGUCACGGUGAGCAGAAAGCAAUGUGUUCGACCCCGUUGAAAACCAUCCCGGAGACGUUCGCUGGGGUGGAUGUGUUCAUAACCGGUGGUUCCGGUUUCAUGGGAAAGGUGCUAAUAGAGAAGUUGCUGCGAUCAUGUCCCGAGAUUGGGCACGUGUUUGUGUUGAUGCGCGCCAAGAAAGGAAAGUCCGUCCAUGAACGAGUUAACGAUCUAGUGCAAGUUCCGCUGUUUGACAAGUUACGUGAAACUCGUCCGGAUGCUAUCCGGAAAAUAAUUCCCCUUGCUGGCGAUUGCUCGCUGUUGCAGUUGGGAAUGGAUGAAGACAGCAUGAAACGAAUGGAAAGUGUGCAAUUUGUGUUCCACGCGGCGGCCAGUGUCCGAUUCGAUGAUCCAUUGCAGAAGGCGAUCCUACUGAAUACCCGAGGAACGCGGGAGGUCUUUCGAUGGGCUAAGACGUUGAAGAACCUGAAAGCGAUCGUACACAUCUCGACGACCUACUGCAAUCCGGAGAUAUUCGACAUCGAAGAGCGCAUCUACCCGGCCAAGAUGGACUGGCGGAAGGCUAUUGACAUUGCCGAGCAGAUAGAUCCAGAGCUGGUGGAAAUGUUGUCGCAAAAACUGACCGGCUUCUCGCCCAACACCUACACCUUCACCAAAGGUCUCGCCGAGCAGAUUUGCUACGACUACCACCAGGAACUGCCGGUGGUCAUCUUCCGACCUUCGAUCGUAACGAACUCCGAAAAGGAACCGAUCCCCGGCUGGAUCGACAACUACAAUGGUCCGGCCGGGCUACUGGCCGGUCUAGGGACCGGCAUUAUGCGAACAGGGUGCAUCAACUUAGACAACCACAUCAACUGCAUUCCGGUGGACGUCAGCAUCAAAGCCAUUCUGAUUGCCGCCUGGAAGCGGGCCAACAGCCCGCAAGGACAGCUACCGAUCUAUAACAGUGCGGCCGAAGUUCACAAAACAGCCGAUUAUAGAUUCCUGGUGACUGACGGGCAGUCUCUGUGCUUUAAAACUCCAAUUUUGAAUAUGCUCUGGGUUCCCGGAGGACAACAAACCACGUCCAAGGUCGUCUACUAUGUGCUGUUUUUCCUGUACCAACUCCUACCGUCGAUGUUAGUUGAUGGCUUGCUGAAGCUGAGCGGAAGAAAAACACUGUUAUUGAAACUGCAGCGGAAAAUUUUUGAUGCCUCAAUUUCGCUUCAGUACUUCACCGACAACGAAUGGGUCUUCAGGACUGAGAAUUUCCGACAUCUUCAUUUGGAAAUGCUAGAACAGGACAAGGAAAUAUUCGACAUCAACUACAUAACGCAGGGUUUGAUCAAGUACUACAGUGACUGCAUUAUGGGUGGACGGCGUUACUUGUUCAAGGAAUCCGACGAUACAAUCCCCGCUGCAAAGAAGAAACUGAGGCGACUUCAGCUCAUACAUAACGGAAUCAAAAGUGUAUUUUUCCUACUGUUAGGGUACAUGUUGUACAAUAGGUUUUUUGCAACACAUUUUCAGUCAUAGAAUUUGCUAAUAAAGAACACAUGUCAUUUA